AAGGAGACGUCUUCCUCUGCUUCAACAGGGUCCCAUCGUCUCACACACGAAGGACUUUUUACUCCGUCCCUCAUCUCUUCCUUGAUACAUCAGUGUCCUGCUCUGCUGCCAACAUGAGGAACCUGAUCUCUGUGGCUGUGAUCCUUCAUGUGGCGUUCACAGCAGCAGGCCUACAACUCAACGGAAAAGAAGUGGAGUUUGGAGACAUAAUUGCUUAUAAACCUCAGUUUGGAUGGGAUACUACUGAUUAUCAGCAUUAUGCUUCUUUUGUGGGGGACGGAUAUCCUGGAGGAAACACAUUUGAACGCACAGACGAAGACCCAUACUGCGUUUUCUCGCCAAUCCAUAUGUCAAGAAGUCCCUAUGUUUUUAAUUACCUCGACGGAUAUGUGGAUAAAAAGGGAAAGGUGUACACCAAAGGCACUGAGACUGAAAUGAGGGCCCGCAUCAACAAGACACGUGCCAACUGUGGAUUGUAUGAUUUUUUCUGCAACAACUGGGAACACCUUGCUACCUAUGUGCGUUACGGAGAGAAGAUAUCAAUACAGUUCAACAUGACUGGUGGACGGCUCCUCUGCAAACUACGCCCAGAGUGUGAACACAUGUGGAAUUACGUGGAGAAAACGAAUAAGUCACAAUAUAACGCUGCCUCCUCAGUCAACCCAGUCGGAUUGACUUCUUUAUGUCUUAUUGCUCUUUUCUUAUGUGAUAUGAGUUUUUGAACAAAAAAACUGAUUAAGUACUCUGGGUCUGGUACUGCUUCUGUUGAUAAGGUAUGGAUAUGAGAAGUACCUUUGUUGCUUCAAAUAAAUGAGCAGGAUAUUUCAGCACUGAGUGUCCACCAGGAUCAUUACAGUUAUACAUCAAAGAUACAUAUACAACGUGGUAAAUAUUAAAUAAAUACUUGAUAUGGUCUGAUUUAAAGUAAAUUAUAGCAUAAAGUACUGUGUGCAUUAGUGCGUGGAUAUCAUGUAACAGGUAGUGUCAUCCAAUGGGUCGAGGUGGAAGGUGUAGGUGGGCGUGGACUCGAUCAGGCUCUGCCUGAUCAAGGGCCUGAUCGAGGGCCUUGUCAGUGGUUGUUGUUUGUAAUUAAAUAAAAUAAAUCUUGUUUUUCUCAUUA